AUGGGGCGGAUACGCUGGCUCGAUGGCCUCCAGGGUAUCGCCGCCAUUGUGGUUGCCUUCAAUCAUUACUUCAACGGCGAGAUCCAGGCGCCGUUUCGGUCUUUUUGGGAUGAUCCGCCAGAGAACAACCGGCUGGUCUUCCAACUGUUCCCGAUUCGCCUCAUCUUCGCCGUCUACGGAAUGGUACCAUUCUUCAUGGUUAUCGCCGGCUAUGCAAUGUCAGCCAAGUUCCUCAGACUGAGCUACACCGCAGGAUCAGAGAUAUUCUUGUUUCAUCAUCUCCAGACAGCCGCCAUCCGCAAGUUCCUCCGCAUAUACCUCCUAGUCUUAGCACUGGCAGUCCUGUCACAGCUUCUCUAUUUCUGCGGACUUUUCAACUGGAACUUCCCAGACAAUGUGCUCCGUGGCACCAAGCCGUGGAAAUCCCCUAGAGAACAUGUUUUAUAUGUGGCGCGAUAUCUCCUGGACAACAUGGACAUAGUCAUCUUCCAGUGGAAUGAGGGUCAUAAUGGGCAAGUAUAG